CGGACCCAGUGGUACAGAUCGAAGGCAAUCCACAUUGUUGUUUCUUCAACUUCAGCCCCAAAAUUAUGUUCACCAAGGUAGUAAAGGCACAGCUCUGGGUGUACCUAAGGCCUGUUCAACACACAUCCACAGUUUAUCUACAGAUCCUGCGUCUUAAGCCGGUGACAGAAGAUGGGAGCCGACAUAUCCGUAUCCGCUCACUCAAGAUUGACCUGAAUUCACGCAUUGGCCACUGGCAGAGCAUUGAUUUCAAGCACGUGCUCCAGAACUGGUUCAAGCAGCCUCAGAACAACUGGGGUAUUGAAAUCAACGCUUUUGAUCCCAAUGGCAAUGAUCUGGCCGUGACUUCUCUUGGGCCUGGUGCUGAAGGCCUGCACCCGUUCAUGGAAUUGCGUGUGCUGGAGAACAACAAACGGUCCCGAAGGAAUCUAGGCUUAGACUGUGAUGAGCACUCAACUGAGUCCCGCUGUUGCCGUUACCCCCUGACUGUUGACUUUGAAGCUUUCGGCUGGGAUUGGAUAAUUGCCCCGAAGCGGUACAAAGCCAACUAUUGUUCAGGCCAGUGUGAAUAUAUGUUCAUGCAGAAAUAUCCCCAUACCCACUUGGUGCAGCAAGCCAAUCCCCGGGGCUCAGCAGGGCCGUGCUGUACACCCACCAAGAUGUCUCCCAUCAACAUGCUGUAUUUCAAUGACAAACAGCAGAUAAUCUACGGCAAAAUCCCUGGCAUGGUGGUUGACAGGUGUGGAUGCUCUUAAACUCCCAGCCUGUUCUGUUCCAUUCUUUUUCCUGUUUCCCUCCCCUUCUAGCCCAGAUUCUUGCUUUCGAGAUAGACCCUGACAUUGAUGAAUCCAUUCAUUAGCAUUUUAAAACACUUUUGAAGAGAAAGUAAUUGUGGGAAAAGAACAAAACGAAACAGAAUUGUAUCGAAAAUCUCUAAAGUGACAACAUGCGCUGUGCAAUAAUCAAAACAGACAUCGCGUUAAUGGAGAGCGGAUAAGUUGUCUUGGAUCGAUACUUCCAUUCCUGAGUCAGAUCUGAAACAAGC